AUGGCCUUUGUAGAUACCAUAUUCAAAAAUAUAAAAAGCUGCAACUACUCAUGUAUCGAAUAUCUUAAACAAUGUUAUAUUUGUAUAAUUACACUUUAUGGAAUGUGCAUUCAAGAAAUUGCUCAAUACUCCGCUUUAACCAUUACAAUUAGCUUUAUAAACGAAAAUAAUAAUAAUAAUAAUAAUAAUAAUAAUAAUAAUAAUACUACUAAUAGAACAAACAAUGAAAUCUCAUUGCCGAAUGAUAUAGAAAGUAAUAUUAAUAAUAAUUAUAAUAUAAAUAAUAAUAUAAAUAAUAAUUUCGAAAAUGGUAAUAAUGAUAAUUGCAUUGUAAAUAUAAAAUAA